AUGGUAGGACAAACAGAAAUCACAAAAGAAAUUGUGGGCAGAAAGCCAGGAUUCGCUAGGGAGCUAAAUGAAAAUGGUUUUGGCCCCAUGCAUAUCGCUUCGGCAAAAGGGCACGUUGAAAUUAUAAGAGAGCUUAUGAGAGUUGGAUAUGACAUAUGUCUUUUGAAGGGAAAAGAUGGUAAGGUUCCACUUCAUUGCGCGGUUUUGAAAGGAAGAGUUGAUGUUGUUAAGGAACUGGUCGGGGCUUGCCCCGAGUCUGUUAAAGAACCGACUGCUUUUGGUGAAACUGCCCUUCAUUUGGCUGUGAAGAGCAACCAGAUUGAGGCUGCAAGGGUACUGAUCGAGGAGAUGAGUAUGUUAGUUAUGACGGAAAUUUUGAAUUGGAAAGACAAGGAUGGGAACACCAUAUUACAUCAGGCAACUUUCAACAGACAACAUGAGGCAAGUAUUGCAGUUCUUCCUGCUAGUUAA